AUGGCAUCAGCGACUGGGAUACCUCCAAACGCAGCUGCGGCGCGGGGACAGAGUGAAGAGGAGCCGCUUCUGGGCCGGAGAGGCGAUGCGAGUCAACCUGAUGGACAGCCUCUGUAUCAAAAUCUUUGGACAGGCACUGCAGCUAUUGCACAAGGAGGCAUAUGGAUCCUCGCAGCCAUCGUCUGGGGGAGUAUCCUAUCUCAAAAGCUCAUCUUCUUCUCUGCUCAUCCGCUUCUCAAUUCGGCCGGCUUCCUCCUGGCCAUUCAAGCCGCACUCGUCCUCCAGCCGACACACACCCCUGAACAAAAGCGCUCCGGCACACUCGCCCACGUCCUCUUCCACGUUGGUGGCGCAUCCGCCUUGACCGCCGGUCUUGUCAUCAUCGAGUUGAACAAAGCGGGCCCGGGGCACGAGCAUUUCAAGUCGCCUCACGCAAUCCUCGGCCUCACGUUUUACAUCCUGGUGUACAUCCAGGCCAUCGUUGGGUUCACGCAGUACUACACUCCGAGCCUGUAUGGCGGUGUCGACAAGGCGAAGAGCAUCUACAAGUAUCACAGGAUUAGCGGCUACGUGAUUGCGACGCUAGGUCUUGCGACUAUAUGUGCAGCGACAUGGACAACGUACAAUCUGAAUUUGGCGCACAUGCAGCAUUGGGCAGUCAUUGUUGCAAGUGUGCUCGUGCUGGCCGGCACUGUGCCGAGGAUCAGGUUGAGCAAGUUCGGCCUGAAGAAGGACGAGGGGCAGAUCAGGCUGCAGUCGUAG